AGUGAAAACAGAGUAUUCCUUAAUCCUUGCAGUCUCACAGAGAAGCGAAAAUGGAGAGCAGUGUUCAGAGAAGAGUGGAGGCUAUUUCUCGUCACCUCCUAUCACUGCCUCGUGAACCCAAUUUUUUUCUUCACCAGGUUUUAUUGAAUGGUGGGAAAGUGAAAAAUGGUGAUGCAGAAGCUGUGAUCAUAGGGGGUAUGGUGUUAGACAUUCAUGCCAUUCCUUCAGUCCCUGCCAAUCCCAGAACAACCACACCUGGCAAGGUUCGUUAUGUACUAGGAGGUGUAGCAAGGAAUGUUGCUGAAUGUGUGUCAAAACUCGGAGCAAAGCCUUUUAUGAUUAGUGCUGUGGGGCUUGAUAUGGCUGGAAAAUUGUUAUUAGAGCACUGGAAAUCUGCUGGGCUAUCUACAGAAGGGAUUCGAAAGCAACAAGAUAUAGGUACUCCUGUUGUAUGCAACAUACUUGAUAUCGAUGGAGAAUUGGCGGCUGCUGUUGCAAGUGUGGAAGCUAUUGAAAAGUUUCUUACACCUGAGUGGAUUCAGCAAUUCAAAUACAGUAUAUGUUCUGCUCCAAUAUUGAUGGUUGAUGCAAACCUAAUUCCUCCUGCUCUAGAAGCUUCUUGUCAAAUUGCGGCAAAAUCUAGCGUCCCAGUGUGGUUUGAGCCUGUAUCAGUUGCAAAAUCCAGAAGAGUUGCUUCAGUUGCCAAGUAUGUAACCGUUGCUUCACCUAAUGAAGAUGAACUUAUUGCCAUGGCAAAUGCUCUGUCUUGUGCAAAUGUGUUUCCUCCAAUUGAGAGGGGAAAUAAAGAUUCAACAGAAUCAUUGUUCCGAAAGCUAAAACCAGCAAUCUGGCUUUUGCUAGAAAAGGGUAUCAGAAUAAUUGUUGUGACCCUUGGUUCAGAUGGAGUGUUUUUAUGCUCUAAAGGAGGGCCCAGCUUCAUGAAUACUGGUUUGGAGAGACUCAAGCCUUAUGUCUCCUGCGAACAGUUUUAUAAAAUUGUAACAUCAAGCUGUCCUCCACAUUGGGGUGGUGCUACAGUUUCGGAAAAAGAUUCUCAUCUUUUUGCUGUGCAUUUUCCAGCACUUCCUGCAUCAGUUGUUAGGCUCACAGGGGCUGGUGAUUGCUUGGUUGGUGGGAUGCUUGCUUCCAUUUGCACAGGUUUAAAUCUUAUGCAGAGUGUGGCGGUUGGAAUUGCAGCAGCCAAAGCUGCUGUUGAGGCAGAGACCAAUGUGCCUACUGUAUUUAGUUUGGCCUCAAUUGCAGAUGAUGCGAGGUCAGUAUACUCUGCUGCGAAAGUUGUGUUCAAUCAAUCAAUGCUAUAAACCAUUAGAAGCAUACGGAGUCUGAAAUUAUAAGCUAAACUGGUCAACGUGUUGUAGAUCUAAUAGAAACUUAAACACCAUGACAUUUUUUUUCUUCUAAGACUUGCCAAUACUCUUUCUUAUCUUGAGUUCUUAAAUGUCAUAAGGCUAUUUUUGUUGUGAA